UUCAUUAGUCAAUUACUAGAGUCUGUGAAUUAAUCGUUAACAAUAAGAAAAAUUUUAAGUGUCAAAAAGUGUUUUUUUUUUUUUUUUUUUUUUUUUUUUUUUUGUUUGUUAUUAUUAUUAUAUUAGCAAAUAAUUUAUCAUGAAAAAUUUGGGAUUACUUUUAUUUUCUGCCUUCUUCUUUGUCAGCUUAAAAUCAGGCAAUAGUUUUGGCUUUAUUCAUGAUUUGAUAUCAAAAACCAAUAAAGAUGUACAAGGUAUUACAAAAAAAGCUUAUAAAUUAGCUGAAGAUAUAGAAAAAAAUGAAACCUUAAAUGGACCUCAAAGCAAGCAACAGGAAAUUUUAAGAAUAGCCGAAUUAAUAGAGAAUGGAGAUGCUCCAGACGAUGUAAAAUCAAAUUCAAAAACAUUUUCUCACUCCAUGAAAAUCCGUGGUAAGCAAGUAACAGUAAAAUGUACAGUGUACUCAACUGGAAAUGAUAUAGAAGGUGCUAUGCAUAUUAUUAAAACUACUUAUGUUAAUUCGAAAAAGUCAGAGUACACAAUAAACACAACUUUAUGGAAUCCAAGGGUAAAGAAAAAUUAUUAUAUUGAAAAACAAAUCCCUUCCAAUAAUAAACGAUAGGAAUCGAUUGAAUAUACAAUAAUAAAUUAAAAUAUUUUUACAUCUAAUAAAACUGAUACAAUAAAAAAAAACAAACAAAUGAGU